CGCGGGGUUAGUGUUUCCCACCGGAAGUGAGUCGUUGUUGCUGGUCGGCGCCUGCCGCCGCCAUCUUUUCUGUGGAGCGGGCGCCUGGUUACGGCGGCAGAGCUCGCUCCCCCCGGAAGCGCGCGGGAGCCUGGGCGGGGCUCGAGCGGAACGGCAGGGGCUGUGCUUGUUUCCAGCCGGAGCACGAGGGUGCCGGAAGGGGGGGGGGGACUGGAAGCGCUGCCGCGGCGGCGGGUGAAGGAUGGCGGGGCUGGCGGUGCGGGACCCCGCGGUGGAUCGCUCGCUGCGCUCCGUGUUCGUGGGGAAUAUCCCAUACGAAGCCACAGAGGAGCAGCUAAAGGACAUUUUCUCAGAGGUUGGACCUGUCGUCAGUUUCAGGUUGGUGUAUGACAGGGAGACAGGCAAACCAAAGGGAUAUGGCUUUUGUGAAUACCAAGACCAGGAGACAGCACUCAGCGCCAUGCGGAACCUGAAUGGGCGUGAGUUCAGCGGGAGGGCAUUGCGUGUGGACAACGCAGCCAGUGAGAAGAAUAAGGAGGAGCUGAAGAGCUUGGGCACAGGUGCCCCUAUCAUAGAGUCACCAUAUGGAGACCCUAUAAAUCCUGAAGACGCCCCUGAGUCUAUCAGCAGGGCAGUUGCCAGCCUGCCACCUGAGCAGAUGUUUGAGCUGAUGAAGCAGAUGAAGUUGUGUGUGCAGAACAGCCCUCAGGAGGCACGGAACAUGCUGCUCCAGAACCCUCAGCUGGCAUAUGCCCUGCUGCAGGCCCAAGUGGUGAUGAGGAUCGUCGAUCCAGAGAUUGCUCUGAAAAUUCUGCAUCGUCAGACCAGUGUUCCACCUCUGAUUCCAGGCAACCCACAGCCAGUUCCAGGGCCCGGGCCUGGACCUGGGUCUGGGCCUGGUCCAGGUCCUAAUGCACAGAUGAACCAGCAGAAUCCCCCAUCGUCCCAGCCACAGCCCAUAGGUGGCAUGCAUGUAAAUGGAGCUCCUCCUCUGAUGCAGCCUCCUAUGCAGGGUGGAGUGCCAGCCCCAGGACAGAUGCCAGCCUCCGUAGCCGGCCCAGGCCCUGGCCCCUUGGCUCCUGGAGGUGGAAUGCAGCCUCAGGUCGGGAUGCCGGGAGGUGGACCAGUGCCAUUGGAACGUGGACAAGGAAACCUGCAGCUCUCGCCCGUGGGACCUGCCAGGCCUGCAUCUAUCGAGCGAGUUCAAGUGCCCAUGCCAGACCCGAGGGCCCCUAUGCAGCGUGGACCAUUACCUGCUAGCGGCCCACCUCCCCGGGGCCUUCUGGGAGAUGCUCCAAAUGACCCACGUGGAGGGACCCUGCUCUCAGUCACUGGAGAAGUGGAGCCCAGAGGUUACCUUGGGCCACCCCACCAAGGUCCACCCAUGCACCAUAUGCCUGGUCAUGACAAUCGUGGUCCACCCCCACAUGAAAUGAGGGGAGGACCAAUGGGAGAACCCAGGCCACUGAUGGGAGAACCUAGAGGGCCUUUGAUGGAUGCUCGAGGUGGAAGAGAUCCCAGGGGCAUGGAGCCGAGAGGGAUGGAGCCGAGAGGGAUGGAGCCGAGAGGGAUGGAGCCCAGGGGCAUGGAGCCCAGGGGCAUGGAGCCGAGAGGGAUGGAGCCCAGGGGCAUGGAGCCGAGAGGGAUGGAGCCCAGGGGCAUGGAGCCGAGAGGGAUGGAGCCCAGGGGCAUGGAUGCCAGAGGAAUGGAGCCCAGGGGCCCUGGCCCCAACCCAAGGGGCCCAAUGCCUGGUGGAAUUCAAGGACCUGGGCCACUUAACUUGGGAGCAAGUGGCCCUCAGGGACCUAGACAGGUUCCCAACAUGCCAGGGGCAGGCAUACAAGGAGGUGGCAUGCCAGGGGCAGGCAUACAAGCAGGAGGCAUGCCAGGGGCGGUGGUACAAGGAGCUGGCCAGCCAGGUGGCUUUAGCCCUGGGCAGAACCAGGUCACCCCCCAAGAUCAUGAGAAGGCUGCCCUGAUCAUGCAGGUUCUCCAGCUAACUGCGGACCAGAUCGCCAUGCUGCCUCCAGAGCAAAGGCAAAGCAUCCUUAUCCUAAAGGAGCAGAUCCAGAAAUCCACUGGGGCUCCAUGACAGAAGACACUUGGUGACCCUGGCAGCAACCCUGAAGAUCCAGACCUGUGGGAUGGAGGAGGCACCUAAGGCAGCAGCUUCACCUCAUCACCGUCUGACCUGGUGCAGCCAUCAGGGGAAGGGUUCCCCCUUCUUCCCACUCAGCAUAACCCUCGUACUUUUCAUUCUGUGUUUUGUGUGUGUUUUACAGUAUUUGAAAUAAACUUGGAGGAGGAUUUGA